AUGACGAUAGCAGCACGGCCAACGCCAAUGAUCACGGCAGCUGGUCGGCACAGUCGGGCUGGGCACAGGUUGGUGCAAAGGACUUCGCCGUGCCCUCUGCCUGCGGGAGCGAAUAAGCAAAGAAAGCCAGCGAAAGGCGAAAAUCUGGGGAAGUGCGGCUGGACUGCUGGCUGGGGCAGGGAGGACAAUGUCGAUGUCCGGCGAGGGGCCGGCCGAGCAAGGAACGUUCACUCUGGGAACCGUCGCGCUGGGUUUGAAAGCACUGAGCACUCUUCUUAUCCAGCGCUGUCCGCGGCUGCUAGAAUUAUUUAUCUGCUACUGCUGCUCCGUCCACUUCAAGCUCCCAUCAGGCCAGAUGAGACAAGACGAGGCAGUGGAGCCGCCGUACGAGAGUGCUCUUAUCGAGUGGACGAUGGUGGCCCCGCCGCGAGCCCACCGCCUGCAGAGGCUGUACUUCCUCAGACGCUUGCCCGCGGGAGUAAACGUGAGCGGGAGUGUGUCUCCAGCGAAGAGUUGGGUUUGGCUGGCGUUCUGCUGCUCUCGAUGCCACGCAGCUUGGCUCAAGUUGUUGAGCUCGUUGACCAGCCCUGCCGCUCUGCUGGGCCGCCUCUCGGGGUCAAGGCCUGCACGCGCCAGCGAAUGAAGAGGGCUGGUAUCCGCACCAACACGGCCAGAGUGGCGUGUGCCUUCGCUCGCCUGUUCGCUGCAGCAAUCAUGGCUGCUGGCGAGGGCAGAUCCCCAAAAGAAAGAUGCCAAAUUAGACGCUCCCAUCGCCCUCAACAGCACCGGUCCGCGCUGCCUGUGGGCGUUGAGCGGAAUUUUCUGCAUCCUGCUCCUGCUCCUGCUCCUGCUGCUGCUGCUGCUGCUUCUGCUGCUGCUGCUGCUCCCUGUUCCCUUCUUUGCUGUAUCGUGCUCAGUUCGCCCGGGCAGUACCUAGCUGCUGGUGCAAGCCAGCCCGACCAUCGUCGCUGCGUGCUUAGCCGUCUUCGCCCGCCCACGUCGUCAAAUCGUCAUAAACCCCCCUCGCCUACAAUUGACAGGUAA